AUUGAUUGUUAUUUCGCAGUUAUAUAAAGUAGCAAAUUGUCGUUCCUGAAUAGGUGGCGCCGUGGUAGCCGAUCCUGUUCUUAAACUUCCGGUUUCUGCACUGUGCAACUAUACAGUUGCAUUUUUAAUUAACGAUGCCAAGUACUUGUUGUUGUGUACCUGGAUGUCAUUUAAGAGGAGGACAUGCAUUUCCAAAUGACUUAAAAAGAAGGAAAAGUUGGAUCAACGCCAUGGCCCAUACGCAGAUUGGACGAGAACACGAUGAAAUCGUGGAGUCCAUCUCAAUCAGCUGUUGUUUGCAAGGCACAUUUUACUGAAAAAGACUACGUGCAGGAAACUAUUCAUGAGCGCAAACCCUCCAUACAGAGACUUAAGUCUACUGCCAUUCCCAGCCUAUUUUCCUGGAUCAAGCAAGAGACUGAAUCGUCCGCAAAAAGAAAAAUCAGGGCAGUUUCCUGUGAAAACAAAAGAACUAAACUUGAUGAAUAUUGUAGUAGAAAUCUAGAGGAAAGUUUUGAUUGUAAAGUUGGUUUUCCUGAAGAAGUCAUUCAUACUGCAGCCAGGAUUUAUGACUGUCCACCACCAACUGCCGAGCUAAUGUUGAGCUUCACAGAUGGAAUUACGCAAACACCAUCAAUGCCUAUAUUUUCAGCAGAGAAUUUUGAAAUGAAGACAUGUGACACAGCCAUGCAUUUUUAUACCAGUUUAGAGUUGUAUACUAAAUUUUUAUUUGUUUUGACCACACUUGGUCCAGCAGCACAUUGUUUGAGAUACAUAUAUUUUCAAAUUGAUAGGGUGUCAUUUGAAAAUCAUUUUUUUUAUGACUUUGAUGAAAUUGAGGCAUUAUACAACCAACUUUGAACUGUCAAGAUUCUAGAUUGAAACUAGUGUUAAGAAUAUUGUGUAAACAUGGAUUGUUUUUAUGUCUAAACAGUGGCGUGAGGCUAACACUUGGCCAUUUAGUGGUUUAGUCAGGUAUUUUUCGCCAUCCAACUUCAAAUUAAAGUUUCCUACAACUUGGAUUAUUAUUGACAGCACAGAAUAUCCCGUGAUAAAACAUAAAGCUCCUAGAGCUCAGGCAACCUUUUCAUCAUAUAAAAACAGAAACACUGAAAAUACUUGUAUGUUCGACACCUGGUGGUUUAGUCAACUACAAAAAUGUAUGUCUCUAAUGCAUAUGUUGGUUGUACCAGUGACUGUGAAAUAGUUGAAAGAUGUAGAAUACAUGUGUAGUUCAAUUAUGUGAUCCAGGUGACAGUGUGAUGGCAGACAAAGGUUUAAAUGUGCAAGAUUUGUUUGCUCACUUUUUUCAAAAAAAGAAACAGAAUUAGUUCCAAAACUCUUAUACGGGAUAGAAAAGUCUCCAAUUAACACAUGCACAUAGAGCUAAUUAUUGGACUUGGCAAAACAUACAAAAUUCUAAUAAAUCCUAUGAAUGGAACUGAAACAAAACUUUCAUCUGAAAUAACAUUUAAGUUGUUUUAUGUUGUGUAAUUUUAGAACUUGUAUUGUGCCAAAGGAUGCAUAAAUAAAAGUGACGCAAUGAAG